ACACCUGUCAUUACUGACUGUCACUUGUCAAAUGGGUUUAUCAACAACAAAUUAACCCAUUUACCAGCAUGAAUGCCGAAAUCGAGGAAAAUAUCCGUAAAAACGUGCCAUGGUCUCAACUCCCCGCACAUAUCAAACAGAUUUUAAACAAUUCGGUCAAAGACUACGAACGCUACGUGGUCUCGUUCAGUAUUAAAAACCAGUUGCGCUAUCGCGGAAAUUUAGUACGACACAUCGUCCGAGAUGAGAAACGUUACUACGAACGUGUGGUGGCUUACAGUAAAGAGAGACUCAUGUUAUUCCCCUACCACUUGGCCGAUAUGAUUGUCAAAGGUUUGCGGAUAACGCCGUUCAAUUACUACAUUUCAGUGGUUGAGAAAUUGAUGCAAGCUGAGAAAAGUUACGAUACUCUUCCGAACUUUACGGCAGCAGAUUGUUUGAGGUUAUUGGGGAUUGGCAGAAAUGAAUACAUCGAAUUGAUGAAUAAGUCGAGGUCGAAUAGAGGGCGCUUGUUUGGGAAAAAAAAUGUAAGGGGGCUCCUACCACCCGUCCCCAAAGACAUACACAUUGAGCCGUGGUGGAGGGUCGAAGUUGGCCUUGUAUUGGAAGAAGACGUCAAAUUGGUGAAUGAGGAAGAGUUGGCGGUGAUUGACCGUUUAAUUGAUUUGGGGUCACAAACUGCGGGCGAAUUAAACUAUCAUGUUGUUUUGAGUCUUUACAAGAAAGGUUUGAUUUAUUUGGACGUUCCUAUAACCGCAGUUGAUUGUAUACAAGUGCCGCCUUUGCAAGGUUUUGUAAUGAAUCGUGUCCUUGGUGAUUAUUUUGAAACACUGUUGUAUAAAAUAUUCGUGUCAAUUGACGAACAUACGACAGUUGGCGAACUUGCCGGGGUUUUACAGGUGGAUACUGAGUCGGUAAAACAGGCAGUUUCACUCUAUUGUCGCUUACAAUUUGCACGAAAAUUGCAUCCCGAAACUGACAAAGAACGUGUCAAAAGACACCCAACGUGGCAUUUAAUACCAACACAAGAAAUUAGAAACGUUGAAGUGACACCACUGACCUUGAGUCUCAGUGAUAAUCUCCAAGAGCAACCCGAAAGUCCUUCGACCUUGACCCGAAAGGGGCAUCGAGUGGCUUUUCUCUUCGAUUCGGCCUUGACUGCUUUCCUAAUGAUGGGAAAUUUAUCACCGGGCUUAAAAAAACACGCCGUGACCAUGUUUGAAGUUGGUAAAUUGUGCGACGAAAGUCUUGAUAGUUUUUUAACCGAACUUGAGAAAGUAUCAGUUCUUGAUGCUGAAGGUGAAGGUGAAGCGCGACGUUUCUUCGAUCAUGCUGUCAUUCUCAGAUCCACGAUUUUGGCUUUGAGAAAACUCCCCGGCUCUGGUUUGGAUUUGGUACGACUUGAAAGUCUCCAUUCAUUAGACGAGGCUACUUGUAGCCGACUUUUACAGAAAAAAUACAAUUUGUUGGUAUCAAUGGCACCGUUAAGCCGGGAAGUACGGCCAGUUGUGAGUCUAAAUCCGCCUCAUUUAGGGCCAGCAGUCCCCGAAGUGAAUUCGUUGUGGUUUAAAAUGUUUUUGUAUCACGUGAGCGGUUAUGGACCGCCAUCUUUGUUACUAACCAAAGGAACUGAAAUCAAGCAACUUCCGCGUAUGUUCCUCGGGUAUUCCCGGCUUUUGGUAACCACGUGGUUACACGAACCGGCGGUUAUAACCGUUUCGAAUAUUUUACAUGUGAAUGCGGCUGCGCAAUUUUCCCCCGUAUUGAUUCAGGCUUUUGGGGUUCAUGAACCGGCUCAGACUCACAUAAUUCCGUUUCCCUUUCGUCCCGACACACCUUCCAAAAGUUUAGGGGAAGUCCCUCAAGACUUACAAUUCCGGAAUCAUCCCUCAGUUAAAUAUCUCUCGAAUUUAAUUGACCUUGAACACAAUUGUGGUUACAUCACGUUUGCCAACAUUGGAGUAUUAGAUUUCGGCUGUCAAAAUAAAGAAAUGACAGUCAAACUUGGCAAAAAACAACCAAUCGCGUCCACCAAAGGCAAGGCCGAGCCUUUAUCAAUCACCAAUGAGAAUUUUAGUUUCACUAAAGAGUUGAGUUCACCCGACGAAUCACAUUUUGCCAUAACUCCGCCCACUUCGUCAUCACCAGCCAAUGGUUUCACAAGUAAGGAAUGUUCGGAACUCCUACGUCAAGAAUUGGACGAAUUAGAACAAAAGAUGAAACACAGCGUUUCAAUUGAUGGUCUUCUAUCACCAAUCGACGAAAACAUCAACAUGUUUUCGCUAAAAAGCGAAGAAAUGAAAAAACCCGACGAAAAUCGAGGCGAGGUUUGGACUUUGUUAGAUUGCCAUUUUGGGAUUCCCCUGUUUGAUGUUAACGCCAAUACUAAAAUUUGUGAUAUGAUAGUGAGUGGCGGUUUGGUUGAAACUAACAGUUUGUCGAAUUUAGUCGAAUCGAGUCGGAAAUUAGGUUCGGCACUUUUAGAUUUUAUUUCGCAAUGUCAGUACUAUCCGGGUGAAAAUAUGGAAAUUAUGAAACGUGGACGGUUGGUACCAUUGCCACGUUAUAAUCUCGUCUUCGAUAAUGGUAAAGUGAGCGAAUGGACGGGAAAAUAAAUAAAUAAGCAAUAUUUUGUACAAAUUUUGUGAUAAGUUGGAGACUUAAUUUUGUAAAUACUUUGCAUUUAUUUUAUGGCAGGGUUAGGUUUCAUUUUCCGGACCAAAACAUUUGAUUACAUUUCCAAACGUACUUUACUUUAAGUAUUAAUUAUUUUAUUAAAACUAGAAAUAAACACGUAUUGAAACAA